UGUGUGUGUAGUCACUGGCAGGCUCAGGGCUGGGAUUUCGGGUUAAAUAUUCAAAAUGGCGGACGGAGGAGCAGCGAGUCAAGAUGAGAGUUCAGGACCAGAUGCUAAAGUGAAUAAUCAGUCAGAAACUACUAAAUGUGCAAUGGAAAGUGGUGACGGAAACACCGGAAUCCAAACCAAUGGAUUGGACUUUCAGAGGCAGACGGUGCCAACCACAAGUGCAAUCACUAAUGCACAUGCACAAGCCCUACUCCAACAGUCUAAGUCGGAAGACUCGAGUGCUCUCCCGACCUCCGUCCAGCAGGGCGUAUUGCCUCAAACACAGCUAAUGUUGGCCGGGGGACAGAUUGCUGGAUUGACCCUGACCCCAGCGCAUCAGCAGCUGUUGCUUCAGCAGGCCCAAGCUCAGCUCCUGGCUGCAGCUGUGCAGCAUUCAGCCAGCCAGCAGAACAGCACCACAGGCGCCAACAUCUCGGCCUCGGCAGCAACACCCAUCACCCAGCUGCCCCUGUCACAGCCCAUCCAGAUUGCCCCCCAGCUGCAGCAGCAGAAUCUAAGCCUGCCUCAGUUUGUUCUGGUGCAGCCUGGCCACCCGAUCGCCACACCACUGCCGUCGGCUCAGUUCAUCAUCUCACAGACACCGCAGGCCCAACAGAGCAUAUUGCAAACCCAGAAUCUUCUAACUCAACUACCUCAAAACCAAGCUAACCUCCUGCCGACUCAACCAAGCAUCACCCUCGCAACCCAGCCUGCAACUCCAACCCGCACAACAGCAGCUACUCCUAUUCAGUCCCUGCCCCACAGUCAGACACCACCCAAACGUUUGGACACCCCCACUUUGGAGGAGCCUAGUGAUCUGGAGGAACUGGAACAGUUUGCCAAGACCUUCAAACAGAGGCGUAUCAAACUGGGCUUCACACAGGGGGAUGUUGGCCUGGCCAUGGGGAAGCUGUAUGGAAAUGACUUCAGUCAAACUACCAUCUCUCGCUUUGAGGCCUUGAACCUGAGCUUUAAGAACAUGUGCAAACUCAAGCCAUUGCUGGAGAAGUGGCUCAAUGAUGCAGGUGCUGUUUGUGCAGAGAACCUGACAUCUGAUCCGGCCCUGUCUAGCCCCAGUGCGCUGGGCUCCCCAGGCAUGGGCAUAGAGGGGAUCAAUCGCAGACGGAAGAAGAGGACCAGUAUUGAGACCAACAUCCGAGUGGCCUUAGAAAAGAGCUUUCUGGAGCAGAACCAAAAACCUACCUCUGAAGAGAUCGCAAUGAUCGCUGACCAGCUCAACAUGGAGAAGGAGGUGAUUCGGGUCUGGUUCUGCAAUCGCCGACAGAAAGAGAAGAGGAUUAAUCCUCCGAGCAGUGGCAGCAGUGGAGGAGGCAACACCCCCAUCAAAAGCAUCUUUACCCCCAGCAGUCCUUUGGUGGCCAGCACAGCAAGCCUUGUGAGCAGCCCAACUAUUAACACACCCACCACCCUGACUGUAAAUACAGUGAUGCCUCUCACCAGCACCAGUGUCUCCAGUUUGUCUUUCACAGGCACGACAGUUGGAGCCACAAACACAGCAUCUGUCAUCUCCACUGCACCUAUGGUUACUACAGCAACCAGCUCUCCAUCUUUAAGCCCACCGCCAACGACUAUUCAGUCCACGAGCUCCGAGAGCAAGGCUGGCACUAAUGUGCAAACAGUGGUUACCCAAGCCCCAACAUCCAUAGCCACCACUUUAGGUACGGGUCAGGUGAUGGUGGCAGCUCAAGGGUUGUCCGCUGCACUGCAGAGUGCAGCCCAGUUACCCACCAGUGCCAGCUUAGCUGCUAUGGCUGCUGCUGCAGGUCUCAACCCAGGACUGAUGGCUUCCUCCCAGUUCGCUCCAGGGGGCGCCCUGCUCAGUCUGACUCCCGGUGGCCUUGGCAGUGCGCUGAGUCCGGCCCUCAUGAGCAACAGCACCCUGGCUACCAUCCAAGCUCUGGCAUCAAGUGGCACAAUCCCCAUCACGUCGCUGGAUGGCGGUAACCUGCUGUUCGCCAACACCUCUGCUGGUAACACACCCAACCUGGUGACCACGCCACUCUUCCUGAGCCCCCAGAACCUGUCGCUGCUCACCAGCAACCCCGUCAGCCUGGUGUCGGCCGGGGCAGGGGGGCUGCAGGUCACUGCCGAUGCUCAUCAUCAAGCCACCACGGCUGCCGUGCCUGUGCAAGCCUCGACCAUUACCACUGCCUCCAAGGCUCAGUGAAACCGUGAAAGUCGGGCUGCAUCCUGAAUUAACACCCUAUUUCUAACGUUGUGCACUACUCCUGUCACACCAUGUAGGAAAUAGGGAGGUCGUUUGAUAUAGGCUCUGCGCUUCACUAACCACACCACAUUUUCUCCACUGUAUCUAUCAUUAUUUAAUCCUUUUGCUGCCACCAAAAAGAAAACGGCCUCUAAUGAGGUUGGGGUUGACUUUUUGUUUUUUCCUUUUAUGAUUUUUGGAUUUAUUUUUUUUUUCCCCCACAAACAGUAGCCAGAUGGACACUGUUGUUGGCCUGCCGCUCCGCAUGAACGUUGACAAGCGUCCAGCAAGAGAAAUGUCCUUGGCACCUUCAAACUGUUACCAUUUUGAGUGUGUGUGUGUGUGUGUAUAUAUAUGUAUACACGCGCACACACACACAGAGAUAUAUAUCCUCCUAUUUCCAGGUCAGAAUUUUCUCGGAAAUACUUCUAACCAAAAAUUGUAGGAUUAUGCUCUAUUAACAUUCAAACUAAACUGAUUUACUACUAAUAUCACAAUAUUCAUAUUCACUAAUGGGGAUUUGUGUGUCACCCCAUCUUUAAUGGUCUAUUUUUUGGGUUUUAUUUGACAGGCCUUGACGUAAAUCAUAUCAAAUGUUUAUUGUAGAGACUUUUUUUUCUUUUAUCUUUGUUGUCUAUAUUUUUUGACAUUUUCAGAACUUUGUAAGUCUAAUAUUAAGUUAAGAUUUAACUAUCAAUUUUAAUCAUGGUUAUAAGGCUUUAAAAACAAGUAAUAAGUGGCCGAUAUAAAGGUUAUCAUUGCUUUAAGGGUGAGAGGGACAAGAUGUGUCUCUCUGAAUCUCUCUUUCUGGAAACACUGACUUUUACAUUUUGCUGCAGUGGCGAAGUAGCCACAGAGCUUGUGUAAAAUGAUGGUGCGGAUUAUAAACACUGAUAGAAAAUGACUGAAAACAUUACAUUGAGAGCUUUAAAAAGAGCUGCAGAUGUGCAGUCCCGUGUCCGCUUGAGGGUGAUUUGUUUUGGAUGGUGGUCCAUUGGGAAACUGUAUAUUAUGUUUGGAUUCAGAUGUAGAAAUUAGAAGUCUGCAUGUGUUGUCUACAGCUCAGGCAGAUGCGGAGAGUUCAGUAACUGCAUGAUCCACAAGGCUCUGCGGCUGACUGGUCUGUUUAGGAGGAGACUCGUCGGGGGGCAAGGUCAUCAUACCAGAUGUAUGGUGGCAUUGGAUAGAUGAGGUUAUUGUAUUGUGUUUUUGUUUUCUUUUUUCUCUAAUAGUAGUACCAUUGUAUCUACUUGUGCACAGUAUCUGUACCAAAAAACUGGAUUGAUGAGCUGCAGUCUGCCUGUUUUGAGAGGAAUGAAAUUCUGUCUUUUUUUUUUCUUUGUCUGCAGUCAUUUGACUGGCUUACGUACUUUAAGAUAUACCAAAAAUAUUUGUUAAAAUAAUUGCUGUUUGUAGUUGGUGUAGCUUAGUCUAGUCAAUAUAUUUAUGAGUACAGAAUCUCUCCUCAUUGUCAACAGAAUAUAGAAAUGCAAUAUUUUGAUGAUCAUUUUCCAAAGAUGACCUUUUAUUUUCUUUUUUAAUUUGACCAAAUGUCUCCAUAGCUCAACUUUUUUUUAAAAAAAAAUUGGCAGCACAACUGACCAAAAAGAGAGAGAUUGGUGGUUUGGGGCAUGAGAAAGAUUUUCUUUUUCUUUUCUUUUUCUUUUUUUUUUUUUAUCACUGCGACUUUGCUCCCACUGCCAGUUUUUUUUUUCUCUUUUUGUAAGCCAUUUAAUGGCUCCUUUUCCUUUUCGUCUGUUUUUGGCCAUUUUGGUAGCAGUUUGGACUUUUCUGAAGCAUCAUGGAAAGGUUCUGUUUUUUUGUUUUGUACUAAUAUUCAGCCAUAAAACAACAGCUUGAACCAAAGUGGUUUUCCUCAGUAGUUGCUGUGCCUGUCCGAGCGCAUAAGUUUGCCAUUCACGCGAGCUCUACUCUCCACACUGCUGACAAAUUACUCUCCUGUUCGCCCACCUGGGUCAGUACGUGAUACUCCUGAUUCGGUGCUGCUGGAUAAAGGAUCACAGAAUCUUAGCUUUAACAACUUGCUGCUGAAACUCCUGAUGGAGUUGAGCUGUUGAGAGGCCUGCAUACUUUGCUAUAGCUUUAUGACUACAUCCUGUGAAAAUCAGGUUUUGUGGUAUAGACACCCCCCCCUACCCCCCAGGUGUGUGGAGGGCUCACCUAUGUAAAUACAUAGAUCUGAUCAUCAGAUAACAUACUACACCACCUCUCAGAACCAACAUUUUCAACCAGCAUGUUACUGAAAAAAAGUGCUGCUCCCUAAAUCUAUAUGUGGACUAGUUCUUCCAAACUGGUCCAAUUAUCUUACUUACUCUUUAUCUUAGCCCAACACAGUGUUGGGCUAAGUACUGUUAUGUGCUACACAUUGAACUAAACCCCACAGAAAAGAAGCAUUGUUCUGCAGCUUCUGAGUAACAGAAUGAAUUACCACAGUGAAAUCACUGCGACUGUAAGCAGCGAGAUUUGUCCCAUGUUAUCCUCUUGUGUACUUCUUUUCUGUUGUUGAAUUAUUUUGACUGAAUAUACCUCAGCAGCACUUAAACAUAAGGUUCACCUUAAUACAUUUCUGUGUAUAGAACAGUGUAGAAUGUAUAACUACUGUCUGGCUUUCCAUUCAAAGUUCAUACUGAUUAACCAUACAUAGGAACCAUACAUAAAGGACAACCUACUACUGGUAUUUUCUAGUACUACUAUUUAUGGGGUAUUUCCAGGUUUAAAUGUUAUUUUGAGAUCCUUCUUGCCAAAGUAAAAGCCUUUCUCUUUGCAGCUAGGUGGGUGUCUGGCUGCUCAUGUUGCUGGUUUCCCUGUCUUUAAGGCCACACCGGGCCUGCAGGACUCAGUCCUAUUCCAGUGCUGUUUGUUGUUACUAAAGAGUUGAACAUGUGCUGGUAAGAUGAACCAGUUGCCACUGGCACCAUAGGAUGUUACUGAAAUAUUUAUCUGAGGAAAGACUUAAGAAUUAGAGAAACGAUCUUUUCGUAAUUCUAUACAUAUAAAUAUAUAUAUAAACACUUGUAAGAUAUUCAUAUUUUGUAUUUGAACCGGUAUGUUAUCAAGACUGAAUGUAGUGUUUCUCAUUCUUACUCACAAAAAUCUCCCCUAAAUCUUUCUCUCUUUUUUUUUUUUUUUAAUUGAGACAGAGAUAUUUUUUUUGUUUUUUAAACUGUCUAGACCAAAAAAUACAAAAUCUGAGAUCACGCCUCGGUGGCGUGAGUCGCUGACACUUGUGUCUGCCGUGUUUCUGCAAGGUCUUUUCAACAGGAGGAGCUCGUUCAGGCGCUCCUGACUCUAAAGCAUCUGAUCUUAAUCUUUUAAUAGAUUUGUCAUUGUGGACUUGAUUUGUUGUGCUGUCUUUAACAAUCAUUUUAUUGUUUAUUUUUUUUUUAAUAUUACUUUAUGCCUUUAACUGUUUUGUAUAGUGUGAGAGGGCAAGAUCACUGGCUUUCUUAGUUUGACAAAGAAGAUUAACAUUAUCAUUUAUGCCUUAUUGUUAUGUAGAAGACAUGAGCAUUGUAGCAUUGUGUGUGUAUGUGUGUGUAUGUGUGUGUGAGAGAGAGCCUGAGCAAUGAGCUCACCUGAUGCAUUGUUUUUACUGAAACAAUACAGUGUACUUUGGGCAUUUUGGAGCGUGAUUAUGUUGCUACCUAUGUUUUUUAGGUGUGACUCAAACAGGUUGAGGAUACCUGUGAGAAAAGCUUUACUAAUAAUUCCAUCAGAGGUGUACAUGUGUGUGAGCGUGUGUGAGUUUAAAACGAGAGAACAGGGAUGGCAUUCUGCAAACCUUUAUGGUGCAUUUUUUCCAUCUUCCAGCAGACGUUUGAGGGUGAUUUUUUAAAAAAUGGUGACACGUGAGAGUACUUAUAUUUGUUUUUGUCCAGAGCAGGGCGGGAGUGGGAGGUGGGGGGGUCUCUGCUGAUUAAUUAAAGCCUUUAAGCAAGCCAGAUUUUGGUUUUUAAAGAUAAAACUACAGUCUGUGGUCAGAGUGUGACUGUUUCAUCUCUGCGAAUGAUUUUAUUAAUUGAUCUUUUUGGCUUGGCUUUAAUGCUUAAGUUUCAUGAUGCGAAAGUUCAGCCAUGUAUCAAAUUGUAGUAUGUUGGCCCACCACACUGGUUUGCUGGUUUGUUAAAGUUGACGUGCAGAGCAUCAGUAAGGCAAAAGGAGCUGUUGUAUACCUCAUUUCUAACUCAAGACUGAGUGAAACCUGCUUUAAUCUACUUAUGAAAUAAAAAUAUUUAAAAGAAAAUCACAAAAAAAGAAAAUACACAAACUUGUGUCCGUGGAGAAGCUCAUUCAUAACUGUCCUUUGUAAAGGGUUGUUGAAAGUGCCACCACAAGGGGGAGACAGAAUACAUACCAGUACUCGUGAAUGUUGUCUGUUUUGCUUUCACAACAUGGUGUUUUUAUGCUGCACGCUGACAUAUUUUAGCAUUGAAUUGACACAGUUUGUUGUGACUUGAGAUAAAAAGUUUAUUGUAAUAUAUGAUAUUCCCUUACAGUCAGUUACUUUUGAGCACCCCUCCCUGUUUGAACACUUCUUUAAGUUUUGACAAUCCUGUUUUUUAAUUUUUUUCUUUUUGUUGUCACCAUGACCAGGUACAGGUAUGUACAUGUCUGCCCCCAUGGUGGUGUGCUGUCACAGCCCACUCUUGCUCUCCUGUGGUACCAACAUUAACCAAAGACUUUUAACUUGAUUGUAUAUGAAUGACACCGUCUCUCACCCAUCCCCGCCUCACUGCUCAGCAUCAAAACCCGGCUGCACGCUCUCACCCGAGUCCUCGUUCCACCUGUAAAGAGUUUGCUUUUUAUUGCAUGUGAAUGUGUGUCCGCUCGGAAACACUGUGGCACCGUAUCGGUGCUGUGGUUUCAGUGCCUGUGGGCGGGGAUCGGAGGGGGUUGAACAGGGCUGAGUGGGCUUCUCCGACAGGCACGAAGCAAUCUGGUGGUAGCUGGGUGAUGUUUGUUAAUACACACUGAGGGUUAAUCCUGUGCACACUGUACAUGCUCAGGACUCUGUGUGUUUGUCUGUCCUGAGCGCUGUUGCUAGGAUGCCCCCCUCCCCUCCACUCUUUUUCUCAAGGACUGUGGUGAAAAUGCUGUUCCUGCCUCUCACAGUGUGUCUGUCUCUUCCUCAUCAUCUGUACACUGUAUAGUCCCAGGACAUUAACCCUGUUGUCUCCAGGAAUACACAUCCUGCGGUCGAUAAAACUCACUGCUGUGCCCCCCCCCCCCCCAAUCUUCUGCUCUCUCCUUUGACAUCGUCUCUUCACUACAGACUCUGAUCAGCUGUGACACUAUGCAUCAUGGUCCUUCACUCUGCAUGGACUGUGUCCCUCCGGCUCAGAACUCUGGCCGAUGGGCUUCAGUGACACUUUGUUUAAUGCUUUACUCCAAGUGAGGCUGCAGGACCUCACAAGCGCUAUCCCAAAGCAAAAAUCCAAAUAUUUAACUUUUGACAAAUGCAGAUACCAAAGAUAUCUCUCUGUCCUGUGUCUUUCUCUCGCUGUCUUUCCUUUCCCUUCCACCCUGCAGCAUGUGUAUUAAGAGACAAACCCAGCACUGGCUUUAGUCCUAGCCUCAGUAAUUCCAAAGCUUAGAUGUAUAUUUUGGUAUAUUUCUGAGAAAAACUUGUGUGUAAAGCGUCUGUUUCUUGUUUGUUUGUUGUAAUCUCUUUUUUCUGUCACAGCAUGGAACUAAUUGCAGAACUGUCUUACUCUUGGUAGGUUAAAGAUAUAGUAUUUUUGUAUGUUUUUGGGUGUGUUGUGUGUGAUUAUCAGUUCACAGCCCAAGUGACCAUGGCUUACAAGAACAGAGAAAAAUGAGAGGGGGGGAAAAAAUGCCAACCAUGUACAUAUUAUGUCUGUGUAUCUUAAGAAAAGCAUUCUGUAAAACAUUUACUACUCACGUUGGAAGCUUGGGCUCAUCUAAAGGAAUGUGUCCCAGAUUUUAUUUCCCUUUUUCUUAUUCUACAGUCUGUUAUGAAUUGUCUUCCCAGGACUCUAAUGUAAGGAGUUCUGGUUUCCAUCAAGGACAACAACUCUUGAGGGACACUGUUCUCAUCUGACUACAAGAAAAACACAAAAUGGAAAAAAAAACAACAAAACAACAAAAAAAAAAAACCUGCCUCCAGUCACGGCGGC